AAAUGGCGUUGUUUUGAGAUGGCAACGAAAAUUUAAAAUUUGUUUUUGCAACAAUGUGUUUAUAAGUGACAUUUAAGAAUCAAAUUUUUGAGUAUCGCACCCUGAAAUAUGAGUAUAGAGCAAUAGAAGUUGAAAACUGCAACAAAAUUUAAAAUGGCAACAGUCUACAUGAAUGCCCCGUCCACUAGUUUUGGUGGUGUUGGUGGUUUCAAUCCUCACCAGACUGCACCAGGUGCAAAUGGUAAAAAUGGCAACUUUGCAUUCAAGAAGAGAUUUGAACAUAUUGAUUGGAGAAAAAUAGCUUCAAUAGAUGUAGAUCAAAUUUCAAGAACAUUAGAUUUUAAUGCAUUACAAGAAAACAUCAUGAAUUUAACUUUCUGUAAUAUUGAAAGUGAAUUGGAUAUGAGAAUGGUGGAUCCAAAUUUUGUCAAACUUUUUAAAUUAGCCCAGUUUACUAUUGAAUAUUUAUUGCACUCUCAAGAUUAUUUGGCUGGUAUAGUAGCAGCUUCAGAAGAGAAAGUCAAACUAACAGAACAGGAAAUGAUAAAAUUAAAAGAAGAACUUGAGAAAUUAAAAGAAGAAUUAACAGAAAGUAAGAAAGAAUCUCAUAAAAGAAAGAAAUUAUUAAUAGCACAACAACAAAUGAUACAUUCUGGUUCUGAUAGUUAUAAUAAGUGUCCUUUCUGUUCCAAAGCCUUUUUGAAUGCUUCUUUUCUUCAAUCUCACAUAUUUCGCCGCCAUCACGAAUUCUCUUCUAAAGCUUCGAGUUCUGAACCCCAUCAGUUAUCUGGGGGUAGUAUGAAUAAAACUCUAGAAGCUGAAUUAAAUAAUAUUAAAGACAGAUUACAUAGGACUGAAGCAGCUUUAAAAGAAGAAAAGAAAGUUAACAGAUCUUUAAAGAGUAGUUUAAAGGAUGGUGAUAGAUCUAUAGUUAAUAUAUCUAGUGAUGUUUAUAAUGAUGUACAGCAACAUGAAAUAGAUGAAAUGAGAAAAAUGUAUGAAAGAGAAAUAAGAGAAGUUAAUAUGAAAUUACAGGCAUCAGAAAGAGCUUUAAUAGAUGGUCAUAGAUCUAAUCUAGGAGAUAUGCAAGAUGAUGAUGAUGAUAGAAGAGCUAUUAAAAGACAGAGAGAAGACGCAGCCAUUUUGAAGGAACAGCUACAAGAGCAGUUAAAUAAUGUAGAAAAACAAAUGUCCAUCAAAUUAGAAAAACAAGAAAGAAAAUGGUCAAAGAAAGUACAGAAUAUGUCUAAACAGCAUGCAGAUGAACUUCAUAAAUUAAACAAUGCAUUAGAGGAUACAAACAUGGCUUUAAUAGAAAGUAAAGCUCAUAGUGAGCCUCAUGUAGAAAAACAACUGAGAGAAAAUGAAGAUCUAGUUAGAAAAUCAAGAGAACAAGAGAAAAUGUUGAAUUCUCUUGAAGAAGAAAUGAUAAGAACUGAAGAAUUAAGAAAAUCGGCAGAAUUUAAAAGAAAACAAGUAGAAAGAGAGAGAAGAAUCAGGAAUGAGACAGUGGUAGAAACAUUUACAAGUAAACAAUCUACAUCACCACAACAUCAUUCACCUGUCAACACUAGAACAUCACCAUCAAGGAGGUCACCAGGUAGAAAAUCACCAGCUGAGACUAGAAAGGCUAGAGUUAGUAUGUAUCCUAGUGAUGAUGAGGAUGAAGAGAGCACUGCAACAGGUUUAUUAACUGGUACUGGUAGUUUUAAAGGUACUGGAACUCUAGGUUCUUCUCUUGGGUCAGCUUUAGGUACAAGAGAAUUUGUUGAUAAGAUACGUCAAAAUAUUACAAUAGAUAUGAUGGGGAAGGAAUUUGAUGCAUUUUUGAAUGAGAAACUAGGAAAGAUUGGUGUAGAUCCUAAACAUCCUUAUAUAAGUGACAGAGUGAGAGAUAAUAAAUUAGCCAUGUUAAAAACACAGAGACAGUCACUAGAGAGGAAAUAUGUAGAUUUUGCCCGUCUGAGACAACGUCUAGAUAUGGAAGCUACUAGUAAAGCUAAAGAGAAGAUGAGAGAAAUGCAACGUUCUCCUGCAACAGGAUCUAGAACAUUUCAAGGAUCAAGAAAUCCAUCUCCAGCACAAACUGGUAAUAGAAGAACUUUCCCACAACCAUCUACAUCAUCUGGUGGUCCUAGUCCUAGACCGCGUGGUACUGGAAAUACACCUAAACCUACUCCUCGUUCAACAUCACCUAAUAAAAACCUUCAAUCUACAGGAUCAACAACAGAGUGGACUAGUACAAAUUGGGAUUCUGAUGAAUCUGAAGGUGAAGACAGUCUAGCUCGAGAUAUCAAACCAUUAUCUACCAGUCCUGUUCGUUCACCACCUAGAGCACAAACUAGAUUAAUACAAUCACAACCUAUACAACAACACAAUGAUGAUGAUGAAUGGGAUUCUGAUAGUGAUGAUUUCUCCAGUCCAAGACGUCCAGUUGUUCAACCUAGAUUAAUAAUCAGUAAACCUAAAGGAGAAAAUGUUUCUAGAAUAUCACAAUCUAUUGAAAAUCAAUUGAAUAAUCGAGGUAGUGUUAAAAAACCAGCAGGUUCAGUUAACACUAUACAGGGAACUGAAGGAUUUGAUGUUGAUGAUUUUGACUCUGAUGAAGAUGAUAAUGCUUUCAAACCAGCAACACAGAGACAUCAGAAUACUAGAAUGAGUCACAAUGAAACUGAUUUAUCUACUAAUACAUAUGGUACAAGUCAGUGGGGGUCAUCAUCUAAAGGUGUCAGUUCUGUGAAUCAAGAUAAAAGACCUCAAUCUAAAAGUUCCUUUGUCAGUGUAACAGAUGUCAGUUCUGAUGAAGAAUUAGAUUUAAAUAAUAUAUAA